AGCUACUCGGAGGCUGCGGCCUUGCUUUUUUUUUUCUCGUACCCCUCCAUUUCCUCGUUCUCUCUCUCUCGGGCGCGCGCGCUCUCGCGCUCGAAGCUUGCCAGGUGUGAGUGGCACCUGCCCUCAGUGGCGUCCUUUGUCGCCGCGAACGAAACGUCCGGGGACUCCGACGGGUUUCCUGCCACCUCCUUCUGGCAAGCUCUGGGCCUUGCUUUCUAGACCGGUUCCUGGCGCCUGUUGUAGCCGAGCCCCCGGGUUCCCCGCACCCGGGGAGGAUGUCGGAGCAGACGGGCUUAGUAAUGCCGCAGACCCUGGACAGGAGUUGCUGGGUUUGUUUUGCUACUGACGAGGAUGACAGAACAGCAGAAUGGGUGAGACCAUGCAGAUGUAGAGGCUCUACAAAAUGGGUUCACCAAACUUGUCUGCAACGUUGGGUGGAUGAAAAACAGAGAGGGAACAGUACGGCUCGGGUUGCCUGUCCGCAGUGCAAUGCAGAAUAUUUGAUAGUAUUUCCAAAGCUAGGUCCAGUUGUUUAUGUCUUGGACUUAGCAGAUCGUCUUAUCUCAAAAGCCUGUCCGUUCGCUGCAGCUGGAAUAAUGGUGGGCUCUAUCUACUGGACAGCUGUCACUUACGGAGCUGUAACAGUGAUGCAGGUUGUGGGUCAUAAAGAGGGCCUUGAUGUCAUGGAGAGAGCAGAUCCAUUAUUCCUUUUAAUUGGACUUCCCACCAUCCCAGUUAUGCUUAUAUUGGGAAAGAUGAUCCGCUGGGAAGACUAUGUGCUUAGAUUGUGGCGAAAAUACUCUAACAAACUGCAGAUACUGAACAGUAUAUUUCCAGGGAUUGGAUGUCCUGUUCCUCGUAUUCCAGCUGAGGCCAACCCUUUAGCAGAUCAUGUCUCUGCCACUCGUAUUCUGUGUGGAGCUCUUGUCUUUCCCACAAUUGCUACAAUAGUGGGAAAAUUGAUGUUCAGCAGUGUUAAUUCUAAUCUUCAAAGAACAAUUUUGGGCGGAAUUGCUUUUGUUGCUAUAAAAGGAGCUUUCAAAGUCUACUUCAAACAGCAGCAAUAUUUGCGACAAGCUCAUCGGAAAAUUCUAAACUAUCCUGAGCAAGAAGGUGCAUAAAUGACUACUGUAUGCCUGUCAGACUUACAAUCUCAUUUCCUAUAUUUGGCAGCAAUUCUAUUAUUUAGCUACAAGAGCAGAGAUUGGAUGAGAUGCUGCUGCAUUUUGUAUCUCUCCCCUUUCCACAUAGACUAAUAAAAGACUUUAUAAUGUCAAGGUGAAUUCUACUUAGUUGUUAAGCUUAAAAAUGUAAUUUGUUUUCAUUAAUGUAUUUUUCUUUGUGGUGGGAGACAUCUGAAUCCAUUUCCUAUGGGCAUAUAUUGCCUUUUUGUUUUAUUGAAACAAGCCAAACACUGAUGAAGUUAAUAAAUUAUGUGCAGACUGUACUGAAAUACCUUCUGUAUGUUUAUUGCAAUAAAUGCAUAAUUCUUUGCUAGUCAACAGCUACCUGUCAAAAUAGCCAACAUUUCUAGAAUGUCAAAAACUGAAAAUGCCUGUUCUUAAUAAGCAGUUGGUAUAUUAACAUAGGGGUUCUUUUUUAAUUUAACAGUCUCAUCAAAUGAUUUUCUUUUAGUCCUUGCAUGGUAAGUUGUACUAUAUAUAAUUGACUCUUAUUUGCCACCUGUGAAAUGAAAAAAACUGAAUCACAAUCUUCUUGUAACCAAGUUAAAAUAUUGGAGUUAUUGCUUCAUUUGGCUGUGGAAUCCCAGCCAAACUGUGGGUAUAUUUUUAGUUCAAGCUAAAUAUAGAAGCAAGGAUUCAAAACCAGGACUGGUAACAUGCAGUUACAUGUAGAAGUAUUCUACUCAUACUUCCAAAAGUGUUCAGGAAAUUAUAAACAUUGUAAUACAAAUUGUAUUUACCACUAGGACUUUUUUAAAUAGAAGUUGUUUUAAUAUUUUACUUCUAUGACAUCUGGCACUUUACUGCUUCUAUUUUGAGAAUGCAUUUUCUAAGUGUCUUUGAUUUUGAUGGAACCUCCCAGCAAAUACUUGGAGUAUUGGUACUAAUUCUGCAUAUGCACAUAGAGAAGCCCUGUUCUAUUAAACAAAACAGGUUUCUUAGAACAUAACAGAGUUGAGAUCUAGGAAUGAUACUUAAGCGACCUUUUUCUUGACAAGAGAAAUAAGCAAAUCAGUGUGAAGUCCUAUUAUAACUAUAUAAUGAAUUCCAAAUCCUGGGUUUACUGGUGGUAUUUGUGUCAGCAGUAAUAGAAAACUAGAUAAUGUUAGAUUCAACAGUGUGUAACUUCACUGCAAGCAGUAGAAACUUUUUUUCUUUUUAAGAACUGGUAAAUAGUUCUUCAUCAGAAAUUAACAGACAAGAAAAUGGGCUUCAUGUUCAUUUGCAAUAAUGUAUGUUAACAAAAUAUGAUUUUCUGAAGUGAGUGUUAUUUUAAAUAUAGAAAUGUAAUAUUUUAAAAGUGUAUAAAAUGUAUAUAAUGACCAACUAGUAUUCCAGUACUACAGUAUGUGAAGAAAUAUAAAGUAUAGGAGAAUACUAGUUGUAUCUUCUAACUACUGAAAAGAAUUACAAGUUUAAUUCAGUUGGACUCUGGAAUUACACACACAAAGAGAGAGAGAUACUUUCAAAUUGCUGGAUUUCUUCAAGGAUCUUCAGUGCUGUAAAUACUUUGUAAAAUUCUUUUGAGGAAAAGUCCUGUGAGUGUUAUUUCCUGUAUAUACACUAGCACUUUGCUACAUGCUGGGUUUUUUUUAACACACACACACUCAUAAGGUCAACUAGUGCAGUGUGUGGAUUUGAAAUUUGUUCUGUGAUUAAACUUCAGAAACUAUUCUGUAUCUUCUGAUUCAAUGUACUGUGAAUAAUGUGGAAUUAUUUUUAAUUCAGUAGCAAAACCAUUAUCUGUUGUUGUGCAGUUUAAAUGUUUCUGUUGGUAAAACUUGUGAUCACAUAUUGGAUUAGAUUGAAUAAAUUUUUUUACA